AUGGCUGAAGAGAUGAGCUCGGACAGCGACUCUGAUGAUGAAGAAGAAGAUGCUGGUAGCACCGAGCCACCUCCACCAGAGCAACCUGCCGCUGAGCAACCUGCCACCGAACUUCUCCAAGUUCAAAACUUGAAUGGUGAUCUUCCUAUCCAUGUUGCUGCAAAGUCUUGUCAGCUAGACGCUGUUAAGAAAUUAGUUCUUGGUGAUAUUUCCAUGUUGGAGAGGGAAAAUCAUGAUGAUUAUAAGAACACUGCCCUUCAUAUUGCAUUAGAGAAUCAGCAAGAGGAAAUGGCUAAGUUUUUGUUCAGGAAAUGCCCUAAAACAUUUUACCAAUUGAAUAAGCAGGGGAUUUCUCCACUUUAUUUGGCGAUUAAAGCAGAAUUUUGGGAGCUUGUUAGAGACAUCAGACAUGCUUUCUGA